AUGCUCCCCCGCGAUCACGUCCAAAGAAGAUAAUUGUGCCGGGUCGCCCCCUCUCAAUCUCGUUUUCUGAGCCCAACAAACUACGUUGGCGUAUGAAAUUGGCACUCCUUGCAUUACUCUUCGUGGAUUAAUAUAUUAUAUGUAUUUAUGGUUGGACGGUUGUCCUGAGUCCGGAGCCUUUUCUGACCAGAUUUGUACUGUUAUUAGUUUUUAUAUGAGAGGGUUUUUAGCAACAUGGGAAAAUACCCUAAAAUGCUCUACUCGAGCUUUUCCCGCCAAGACAGAGUAAAACGCGAGAAAAGCUUUGAAGAACCUAAGAGUGAUGCAAUCCCAUCUCCAGUACCUUACCAAACCCCUUCCUUUACAAACCUGGAACCGAAUGAUUUGGGCCUCCACGCGAAAUGGAUCAUACCUGGAAACUCUUCAUCUCUACUCCUCCAUGCUGAGAUCCGGCGUUCAUGGCGAUGGCUUCACCUUCCCUUUCGUCGCAAAAGCCUGCGCGAAGCUGCGAUCCGUAAGAGACGGCAGGAAGCUCCACGGCCAUGCUCUCUUGAUGGGCUUUCAGGGGAACCCCUUCGUGCAAACCUCGCUAAUGGAUAUGUACUCGAAAUGCUAUAAUCUAUCGGACGCACGCCAAUUGUUUGAUGAAAUGCCCAGCAGAGGCCUGGUUGCCUGGAAUUCCAUGAUCUCUGCCUACAGUCAAGACUUCCAAAUUAACAAGUCGUUUAAACUCUUGAACGAGCUGCGUGCGCUUGGUCUCAGGCCCACCUCUAGUACUUGUGUAAGCCUUGUAUCAGGUUGUGCAGGCUCUGUUGCAGCCUUAAUGCAUGGUCUUUCUGUCCACUGUUAUGGGAUUAAAGUUGGGUUCCAUUCAGAUUUACGGUUUUCUAAUUCAAUUUUGAGCAUGUAUGCCUGGUUUGGCCAUGUUGAUGAUGCAUGUUCGUUGUUUGAUUCUAUGGAGGAAAAAUCCAUAAUCACUUGGACCGCAAUGGCCGGUGGCUUUUUGAGGGUUGGAGAUAGUAUGAACGUGUUUGAUCUCUUUAACCAAAUGCGUGGUGCAAAUAUCAAUCCAGACUCUGCUGCAUUCAUUAAUCUUAUCUAUGCUGGCAUCCUUACAGGGAAAUCGUCGAUAGCCUGUGCAAUCCAUUCUGUAUUGAUUAGUAGUGGAUUUGAUCAGAAAGUAGACAUUGCCCCUUUAUUACUUACCUUAUAUUCAAAAUGUGGAGAAUUAACAUCAGCUCGAGAAGUUUUUGAUUCUAUGCUGGAUAAGGAUGUCAUUUUGUGGACUUCCAUGAUCAGUGGGUAUGUUCAAGGUGGGCUUUCAAGUGAAGCAUUGGUUCUAUCUGAGGAGUUGUUAAGUUCAAAUGUUAAACCAAACAAAGUUACCAUUCUCACAGUACUUUCUGCUUGUGCUGAUUCUGGAUCACUUAAUUUUGGGGAAAAGAUUGGAGAGUAUGUAAUGGAGAAUGAGCUUCAAUCAGAUUUGCGAGUUCAGACUGCAUUGAUAUACAUGUAUUGCAAGUGUGGGAAUAUAGAAAGAGCAAAAGAUAUUUUCGAUGGGGUUUCUGCAAAGGAUAUAACUAUGUGGAGCACCAUGAUAAAAGGUUAUGCUUGCCAUGGGAAAGGCAAAGAAGCUCUUGCCCUCUUUGAGGAGAUGCAAAGGGAAGAGACUGUUAAGCCAGAUGCCAUUCUUUUUACUGAAGUCUUAUUGGCAUGUACCCAUUCUGGGUUAGUAGAGGAAGGAUUGCAAUGUUUCAUUAACAUGCAGAAGGAUUAUGGUGUCGAUCCUAGCAUAGAGCAUUAUUUGUGCAUAGUGGAUCUUCUUGCUAGAGCAGGUCAUUUCGGUUCUGCUUUAAGAUUUAUUAAUAAUAUGCCUAUUCAAGCAAGGAAUCAGAUGUUGUCUCCCUUACUUAGUGCCUGCAGAACUCAUCAUGAUAAUCAGUUUGGAGAGUUGGUAUCGGAACAAUUGAUUAGACUGAAGCCUCAGAACACUGGCAAUUAUGUAUUAAUGUCUAAUGUUUAUGCUUCUUUAGGGAAAUGGAAGGAGGUUAUAGGGCUUAGAAAUUCAAUUAACAGGAGAGGAUUGAUCAAGGAACCUGGAUGGAGUAGGAUUGAGUUAAAUAGCUGAAUGUAUAGAUUGUCUACACAAUUGAUUUAUUUAUAUGAGCACCUCGCUCUAAAAUUCUCCUCUUUCUAAUAUUAUAAACCAAACUUCAUCAAGAGGCAAAGACGAGCAAUUAGAGAUCUUGAAGCAUCAUGAUUUGAUUAUGAACCAUUACAUCCUGUGGAUUGUUUUCUUUCACAAGAAGAAAAGUGUUUACAAGAUUUCUUAAGUCAUUGCUCAUAAUGGUCAUUUGACUAGAAGUUGAAGUGCAAGCUUCUGCAUCAUAAAAUUGCCGAAAACAAAAUAAAGAAAUAUGUGACAAGUUUCAGGACCACUUCAAGGUCUCAAAUUUUAAGCCAGCAAGCAUGUCUUGCAUCAAGUCUUCCCCACAAGUUCUACUUUUUGGUACUCAUAUUUCCUUCUCUGUUUUCUGACUUUCUUUUUUCACCUUUUCCUGAAUUCGAGGUAGACUUGUUCAUCUAGAUAAUCUCGUUUAUCUCAGAUGGCUAUUUGGACUGACUGUUGAUUUUUAUUUGUCUUCUCAAAUUGACAUGAGGCCGAGCAUUGUUUGAUCCAAGGCAGUGGAUCCAAUGUGUGCUCUUCUGUCAUGUGCCACUGCAUAUCUUGAGUACAUGACAUGCAAAUACCAUGGUGAUUUUGCUUUGAUACAAAUUGUGGCUGUGUUGUCAAUAUGAUUGAUUGACAGGUAUGAAAUGAUCGCACUUGAUUUUGCUCCAUAUUGUUCCAUUACCAAAAGUACUGAAGAUUUUAAAUAAAAAGUUUCUUGUUUCAUAGCUAUGGACAUGCUUACAGUUGUUCCGUCCUUAUAUUUGUCUACAUCAUUGAAGAUAAACUUGUUGUGUUAUUUUACACACGCAAACAAAAUAAAAGGUCAAAAAAAUAAAAAAGAAUCUUAAGUCAUUCCUGUGACAGGGGGUUUAAUCAAUGGUUUGUGGUUUAUUUAUGGAAUCUAAAGAAAAGAGAGACAUUUUAGGAGAUUACUGUCAAGGAGAACAUGUCACAGUCUGAAAGCGAAAUCUACUAUUUCUCUGAAAUUUGUAGAGAACUAUGAACUGUUCUAUGUACAUACUUGAUUCAAUGAGUUUUCUGACUUAGAACAACUUAGAGUUGCAUGUUUCACAAAGCAUUUUUUUACUUUUGCAAAUGUGAUGUUUUAGAUAUAGAAAGCUUUUGGCAAGAGAUAUAUCUAUGAAAUGUUUGAUACUUAUCCCAUCUUUUACACACACACACACACACACACACACACACACAGAUCUAUGUAAUUCUUCCAAUAAAACUCUGAAGUGGAUGGUUUUUGGGCUUCUUUUUUUUUCCUAAGAACAAUGGUAGUCAAACUGUUGCUUCCAAAGUCAAAUAUCCUUAUCUGUAUGAAGGGCCAGGCUACUGAUUCAAUCUUCAGACCAUGGAAAUCCUCCACCAUAGUCCACUAGAAGUGCUUCAGUCAAAGAACAAAGAAAAGUUUGAGCCUUGGUUUUCAAAGACAAUCUAUGAUGAUAUAGUAAUUUUCUAUAAAAUAAUAAUGCAGUCAAAUGAUCAAAGUCUAUUUCUUUGAUGCAAAGUUUCUUCUUGCACAUGAUGCUAUACUUCAUCUUUAUCAUUACCAACUUGAGAUAUGAAUUGUCAAAUGUUUCACAUUGGAACAUGACGGCUUGGAUUCACUUGUGUUAGAAAGUCUGGGGAUUUGUGAAGGCUGGCUAUAUAGAUACAAGUUAAACCUCCAUCUCUCAAGUCCCACAAACAAGUUCGGAAGAGAUGGCCUUCACUAGACUCUCUGUGGUCGUGCUUCUCCUACUCACUGGCACAAGUCUUGUUUGGGGAGUUGCAAAUCAGCAUUGGAGCUGUGCUCUGCCCUCAAUAUUGCCUUGCUGUUGACUAUAUGACCUGCACAUCUUCUGGCAACAAGAAGCUGCCUUCGAAGUGCAACUGCUGCCUUGCUCCCAAGGGCUGUACCCUUCACCUCUCAGAUGGUACUGAACUGCGCUGCUCGUGAGAUGACCUUGACUAGCUUAUGCAAGAUACAAGUUCAACUUUUUAUGUAAUGGAUGAACUACAGACCUUAUGCUAUGAUCAUCUUUCAAUAUUAACCAGUCUAAUGGUGUAGAAACCUUUCUCACUUUGUUAUGUAGCCCUUGUGGCCUUAUAUAAAGCUUUCCUUUCUUCUCCUUUUCUAAA